AUGGUGCGCACAUACCCAAACGCGAUGAUUUCUCCUCGCCGACCUUUAACGACGUCUACGGCAUCCAAACAGCAGGCGUCGUCCUACGCUCCGAGCGGUCUUCGCACACCACCGGGCGACGACCACUACGGCGCUAUGGGCAGCCUCACGCAUCACAACCUGCACCUCCAUUCAGCUGGUCUGGCCGACUACGAGGGUCGGCACCAUGUUAGCUCCUCAUCACACGCCGCCGACGCCGACCGCAGACGAGCCAUCCUCAGCGAAGCGCACUCCGCUCUGACUCUCGGCCCAUCACCACCCACAGUGAACGACUACAACAGCGUCGCCCGCUCCGUGAACCACGAGGUCGAAGCGCUCCAGGCCCAGCAGGUCCAGUCACAGCAAACAUACCAUCAGCAGCAGCCAGCAGUUGCCCGUUUUUCCUCGACCUACCUGACACCACCAGACGCGGUUCCAUUGGGCUCUCGGCAAGCUACUAUAGAGAACGAGAUGCUGUCCGACAACGGAGUUCUUAGCCAGCCGACGGCCUCCUUGAACGCCGUCCCCACGACCACAAAUGGCGGCACAGGCACCAGCGCAGGAAACCCGCCGCGACACCAGAAAGCAACAUCCAUCACGGAGAAGGACUCGUUAGCGAUGGUGAUGCACAGCCCGGAGGUGCCCAGGUGCAUCAACCCCCAGGGCGGGAGCAUAUCAGACUUUACUGCAGAGAUGACCUGUUUGUUUUGGUUUGAGACGCCCAGCGUCUUUAUCCAAGCAAGCAAAAUCGACGCGCUGCCCGCUGACGCGUGGAUACCCCGACUGAGCAGUAAUGGCUUCCCUACAGAACCGUUUCGGUCCUGGGUGAACCGCAUGAUCAACACAACACAAGUCACGCAGAAUGUUAUUUUGCUUGCUCUGCUUUUUAUCUACCGUCUUAAAUCGCUCAACGUCAUUGUCCGGGGAAAGCCAGGCAGCGAAUUUCGUCUUCUGACUGUUGCCCUCAUGUUGGGAAACAAGUUUCUCGACGACAACACGUACACGAACAAGACGUGGUCUGAUGUAUCGGGCCUACAUGUGAAGGAAAUCCACGUCAUGGAAGUCGAGUUUCUGAGCAACAUGCGGUACAGCCUGCUCGUCUCCAAAGAUGAGUGGGAGGACUGGAUUGGCAAGCUGGCCAAGUUCCGCAUGUACUAUGAGCGUGCGUCUACGUCGACAACGUCGCCCCCUAGCCUUGCAGUUGCAAGGCCCGCUGCUUCACCGCUGUCGUCACCUGCAUCAUACCAUCAGCAGCCGGUAGCAAGCAACAUGAACUUGUCUCCUACUGCGGGGGCUGGUGCCCUCCAGAUGCCGUCCUACUCGCCGUCGACCCGCCCGAAUUUUGCCGCACCUCCUGUUGCAUUGGGUCAACUCCCGGCCUGGCCUGGCCAACUGCCUACACCACAGGUUGAUCCUUCUAUGAACGGACGGAACGGAAACUCGAAGCGGUCCUUGUCCUUUGAGGACAUUACGGAGCCUCCGCCGAAGCGGUCGUCUCGAUAUGUCUCCCCGGGGUCCACGCUUCCGCCACCAAUUCCUUCACAAGCACGAUCCCAGGCAAGCUCAGGCUUUUCGUCCAUGGCCCCUGUUGCAGAGUUUGAGAGUGUACCUGCAAAUGUCGUUGCGUCAACUGCAGAGUCUCGGCGGUUGCCCGCUCCGCAGCUCACGCUCAACACAGCCGCAGCGCAGAUGCAGCAUCCGGUCCAGCAGCACCUCCAAAACAGCACAAUUGCCAAUUAUCCGCCCACCACAGGCAUGCAAGCUCCUCAGCAGCAGCAUCAGCAGCAUCAGCAGCAUCAGCAGCAUCAGCAGCAUCAGCAGCAGCAGAUGGCUGCACUGUCCCAGGCACAGGCCCCAGUUGCUCUGCCACCUCUUCUUGCACACGGCGUGCGUGCCAUGGCGACUGUAUACCCGCCCAACGCCGGUUCCAGUGGAGUCGCACUUCCGUCUGCUGCACCCUCAACUCAGACGGUCUCGACGACCUUGGCACCCGCAACAGGCCUCGCGUCCCAGCUUUCCAUGCAGCAGCCUACAAGCGGCCCUGUCACAGGCAGUAGCUCGGCUGUGCCAUCAUACCCGCCGCCACAGACGUUCAGUACGCCUACGAAACGGAUGAGCCCGAGCAACGUUCUGACGCCGAACGCUGCGUCCGUGUACGCCGCUGCCACCAACUCUUCGCCGCUGGCCGAGAGCUUCCCCCAUCUUGCCAGCGGUGUGCACACGCCACUUACGCACUCCCCGUCGGUCUAUCUGCAACAGCGUGCGAGCCCGUACCGGCCUAUUCGCAAUGUGCAUAUGCUGCUAAACCCGCCUCCGACGUCGAGCCUGCAGGAUUACCAGACACUGGGCCCGAUUCUGAUUCCGCCCACGCAAAUGUACUACCAGCCACUCGGUCGCCCCAACGACCUGCGGUCGGGUAUUGUCCCCGAGUUCCAGGGCAUGCAGCAGUACGGCGUUGGUCCGAUGCGUCACGGUGCAUCGCUGACGCCGAUCCAUGCUCUCCAGCAGCACCAGCAACAACAGCAGCAGGCGAUGCAGAUGCCGCUGCGCGAUGCACGGGUCAAGCAGGCCCAACAAGCGCAACAGCAGGCCCAACAGGUGCAGCAGAUUCAGCAGCAGCAGCAGCAGCAGCAACUCCAAGCUCAAGCUCAGGUGCAAGCACAAGCACAAGCACAAGCCCAGGCUCAGGCUCAGGCCCAGGCCCAGGCUCAGGCUCAGGCUCAGGCUCAGGCUCAGGCUCAGGCUCAGGCUCAGGCUCAGGCUCAGGCUCAGGCUCAGGCUCAGGCUCAGGCUCAGGCCCAGGCUCGGGCAUAUGCCAACCAGCAGUCUCAAUACAAUAACUAG